UUGGGGGAUGAAUUGCCAGCCUGCAAGCAAGACAAUACAUAUCACAAAGAUAAUGAGUCGGGUCUUUGAUUUGUCUUCUGUUAUGGUACGUUUCCACACAUGGAUAUUGCCUCCAUCUGAUUUUCAGGAAAUCUACCACCUGUCUCCUGCACCAUAAGUUUGCAUGUACAUGAACCUUGAGCAUUGUAGCAUUGUAGACCAGCACUCAAACCACUGCAUUAUACUAGUUUUUUUAUAUAAUGCUACAUUUGCCCUCAAUGUGGAUCUAACACUAUACAGUACUUUAUGUUUGGCAGUACUUGUACUACAUUCCAUGGUUGCAUCCUCUUUGGUGACCCAAAAUAGCAGGUGCCAAGAGCUGAGAGAGAAAUGUAUGACAGCAGAGAAUGGAUGUGGAAGCACCUGGAAUUUAGUUGAAGAAGUUUGUUUCAUUUCAGGCAACAACUGCACAGUGAAAGAUUCAAUUCGCUGUAAUAUAGUUGUUCGGUUUUUGGUUGAUGAGUUCCCAGAAUUUAAGGAGUGCAUGUGCACAGAGGAUAAGUGCAGCAGCAAAACAUUCCAGGCCAAGCAAUGCUCUAAUCAAGAAGGAAAGCCAGAACCUUCUUCAUUUUCACCAGAAUUUUCACAACAGACAAAACCAAAAAUUACAGGGCCCAUUGGCCUGUUAAAUAUAAAUGACUGUUUUCUUGCCAAAGAAAUGUGUCAAGGAGAUGACUACUGUUCAAUGCGUUAUAAGGAUUUCCUGAAAGCUUGCAGAGCAGAGCCAGCCCAUUGCAGCCUUCCAAUGGCAGGGGAGCAAUGCUUCAGAGUUUGGAAGGAGCUACAGAGGACAAUCCUGGGGAAUUGCACCUGUCCAGAGCCAAUGCAGAAACGGUGCACUAAAAUCUGGAAAGUCAUAUUUAACAAUACAUGUUUAGACAACACACAGGUGUUUCAGACCUCACCAAGGAGCAAGCAAAACUAUGCAGAUCAAAUGAAAAUAAAAUCACAGUGGAAGUCUUCAGCUCUUUCAAACUAUGAGUACAAACAUCGGCAGUCCUGUUUUGAGCUGAAUGUGGAAUGCAUUAGUGAUGAAGUCUGCAACAGACAAUUAGCUAAGUAUCUUCAAGUUUGCCAAGCAAACGAAACACAGUGCAAUGUGAAACAAUGCCAAGCAGCACUACAGUUUUUCUAUGAAAAUAUACCUUUCAAUGUUGCCCAGAUGUUAACAUUUUGUGAUUGCAUGCCAUCGGAUGAAAAUUGCCACCAAGCCAAAAAAGUGCUUCAUGGCAAACCAUGUGCAGUCCAUGUGGUUCCAGCACCUUCGUGUCUUCAUGUAAUUCAAACAUGCCAAGCAGACAGUUUCUGUUGGGACAAAUACAGGAAUUUUACAUCAAAGUGUUUAAAAUAUAUCAGCCAAACAUGCCUUGAAGAUGAAACGUGUCUACAAUUUUUGGAUAUAAAUGAUCUGAUUUGUUCUGACAGCGAUGAGUGCAGAGAGGCUUACAUAAACCUAUGGGGGUCUGUCCUUCGAGUUGAGUGCACUUGUGACUUCACUUCGGUGGAGGAUCAAACUGCCUGCAAAUGGUUCCAUCACAUAUUCCACAGCAAAUCCUGUUUCAAUCAACUAUCAGGUGGAAAGGCAGAACUUCAUUCAUCACAUGGGAAAUUACUUCCUGCAACUGGUGAACAGUUUUUGUUAUAUGAUGAAACCACCAUCAUGAUCAUUUUAUACAUCUCUUGCCUGAUCCCUAUCCUGGGAAUAAUCCUGUUGGCUUUGUUAAAAAGCAGAGUCUGCACAAGGACUUAUCAGGCAAAGACAGUUUUACCGGCUCAUUUAUCUGAAAAACUCAUGAUACCUCAGGCAACCAUGGAGCACCAACUGUGUCGAUAAAGCUCUUACAGUUUCUUCUCAUUUGGCAGUCUAUACUGUGAAAGUUCUCCCGAGGAAGAAAAAUAGAAAGAAGAAAAAUCCAUAACACACAUCUGCUUCUUUAGUAAACCCUAGGCAAUUGACCACAUUGAAGCUACUUAAGUCGACCUGCUUCAGACUGAGACAGAGCAUAACAAACUAUUCCAGAAAUAUAUAAAAACAGAACUAAAUGUUAUCUGUAUAAAAAAGUACAAAAAUCA